AUGGGUGUUACUGUUUCGAAUGCUCGUCCUCACGAAGUUGGGUUCACUCGAAUUAAAAAUCAAUGGUUUUGUUCGAAAUGCUCUUCACUGAAUUCUAUCGCAAACUAUCCAACGUGCCAAGUAUGUCACCAAAGUGAAACAACGAAUGACUUCUCUUCGAAAAUUCGAUUGAAACCAUCUUGGUUGUGCAAGUUCUGUAAGCAUAAGAAUGGAAUGGAUCGUCAUCUAUGUAAAAACUGCGGUAAGGCAAGCAUGAGACCAAUGUCCGUGUCGAUUCAUUAUCGUCAACAGCAAGACGAAUCAAAUGCAGCGAAAACUUUUCAAAAAAUCGUUGCUUAUUGUCAGCAGAACAAUGUUCGUUUCACAGACGAAGAAUUUUCACCUUCGAAUCGAUCACUGGGCCCCGAGAUGGUCCAAAGUGUCGCCAAAUGGCUUCGAAUAAGUGACAUAAGUCAGUCACGCACUGACACAAAUUACUCGUGGCGAGUUUGUUCCUCUAAUCCUCAAUCCGUCGAUAUAGAACAAGGUCAAUUAGGUGAUUGUUGGUUGUUAGCUGCAUUGUCUCUAAUAACAGAACGACCCGAAAUGCUCCGACGCGUUCUUCUGACACAAACAAUUAAUUCACAAGGAACUUAUCUUGUUCGCAUUUGCCAUAAUGGCCUAUGGAAGAACGUUCUGGUAGACGAUUAUUUUCCAUGUACAGCUCGAAAUCGUUUGGCGUUUAGUAGAGCACGAAAAGGCCAAUUGUUUGUUCCAUUGAUUGAAAAAGCUUGUGCAAAAGUGUUUGGCUCAUAUGAAAGUCUACGUCGUGGAUCGACCGCUGAGGGUCUUCAGUUGUUAACCGGUGCACCAUGUCAUCAGGUUGACUUGAACCCAUAUAAGAAGAAACUUGAUCCAAGUCUCGUCUGGGAUCAACUUCUUUCCGCUUGUCAAUCAAAAUUGUUAAUUGGUGUUUCGACAUGUCGAAACGACUUAAACAUCGAAGAAUAUCAAAGAAUCGGGAUCGAACCAAACCACGCAUUUUCUCUCCUAUUAGCAACCAAAGUGUCCAAUUAUCGUUAUGUUCUUAUUCGUGAUCCACAUGGAAAUACGAAAUAUUCAGACAACUCUAUAGUCAACUCCCAACUACAAGCGAUAUAUGAAACAAACCAUACGUUGGGUAUUUUCUGGAUUUCAUUCGAGAAAUUUCUUCAUUAUUUUGAUUCCCUCACUAUUUCAACAUACCGUCCUGACUAUUUCGACAUUCGUGAGCCAGCUAAAUUCACACGUUCAUCCACGGAACCAGUUUCUGCUUAUUACUUUCAAGUCACUCAAACUUCAAAGAUCGAUAUCAGUUUGAUUCAUCACCGAGAAGAUCGUCAGCAAUCAGCUGAUCAUACACAGUCGUUUGUCUUGUGUGAUGUUGAAUAUGAAUCAAAACGGCUUGGCCGAAAUAAAAUUCUCCUCGAAUCGCAGCGUGGUGGAUUUUUACAUUGGUCGGGAACAUUAAAACCAUCUGUCUAUGUUUUAAUUCCAUUUUCCAUCAGCUUCUGGCGGCAUGCAUCAGAUGAUAAUCAACGUCCAAAUCGGAAUUUCACUUUAGUCAUUCAUUCCAAUACUGAACUCAGUGGACAUUUGGUUAAGGAACCGGCAACAUUCCUCGCAGACUGUUUAAUUCGCGCAACAAUGAAAUACUGUGGUCAACCAGAAAAGAAAGGAAAUGCGGUUUUCUAUGAGACAUCGCAGUCGAUCAAUACAACCCUUAUCGUUGCAGAAAAUCUCUCCACGGAUGAGAAUCUAAACGUGGUUAUCGACAUAAAUCAAGCGAAAAAUCUUCGUCAUUCACGUUCAUGGUUUCUUACAAACGAUUAUCUUCCUCCAUCACAUCGACAAUUGCUUUGCAUUAUGGAAUGGACAAAUAAACAAGGAGAGACGAGUCAAAUCAAAUAUACUCGUACACAAGGAUUUACGAGCGAAUGCUACAUGUCCAAACCCUUCGUGGACAUUCAAAACAAUGAUUUACAUUCACCUCGAUCGUUUAUUCUUUCGAAAUAA